UUCGGGGAGGGCUGCUCGGCGGAGUUCCGGCGGUGGGGGAGCGUGGCGCAGGCUCUUAUUAACAGUGUCUCCAUAAUACCUACACAUACGAAAAAAGUGGUGUAUCUUUGUCAACUUUUGAUAAGAAUUGCAAAGGGAAAAAACCUUGAAUGCCAUUUUGAAAAUGAUGAAAGAAUUUCACCUUUGGAAUCUGCUCUGCUUUUCUGGACUUCACUUGAAAGGGAAGAAAAUAAACUAGAAAAGCUUCAUGAAGAUAUUCGUGUCUUGAUUCAAAUUCAGAUUGUAGCAGUCUAUAUGGAAAAUGGAUAUUUCAAGGAGGCUGCUGAAGUUCUUGAAAGGAUAUAUACGGACUCGGACUCCAAUAAGCCUUUAAGGAUGAAGCUGGCAGCUGUAAUUAGAAGCAAGGAUCCAUAUGUUCCCCUUCUCCAAAGCUUCAGUUACGAUCUUUUGAUAAGUAAAGUCAAGGCUUACAUUGAACUUUUCAUGAAAGAGAAUGAAACUAACUACUUAAUACAGGCAGCCACAAAACAGGUAGAGUCUAAUGGAUUGGGAGCAACAGCAUUGCAAAACAAAACUGUGAAUGUUGAAGAAAAUGACAAAAGUUAUUUGGAAACAAAACGAAGGCCUCAUUUAGGACAGAAACACAGAGAGAGAAGUGUUCUUCAGAGUCUGAACAGCUUGCAAAAUUUGGAAGCACAUGGAGAUGCUUUAGCUUCUGGACGAAGAAGACAGCGAUGGACUUACAAAGAAGACUUGGAACUGAAAUCAGGAAUAAGGAAGUUUGGAGUGGGUAACUGGGCUAAAAUUUUGGUCCAUGGUGACUUCAACAACCGAACUAGUGUCAUGUUAAAAGACCGGUGGAGGACACUGUGCAGGAUCAAAUAAGACUGAUUUGGAUUACAGAAAUUGACUCUUCUUGACCUUUCCCUACAUAAGGACCUAGUCUAGCUUUUCAGAAUAAUAAUUUGUUUUAGUCUCAAAGUGUCCGGCAGUGUUGCUGUCCUAAAACAUGAAACAGAAUAGCAAUAGGUAUAAAAUGUUCGUGUAAGCUCACUUGCUUGGGUAAUGAUGACUUAAAUGUAAAGCCUGACCUUUUAUACUCAUGCAAUAGAUGACCUAAUUUCUAAAACGUGAAAAUGCUUGCAGUGAUUUAAGAAAGGUCAGUUAUG